AUGGCUCUUGUUCGUUAUAAUCUAGUCAUAUAUAUACUUGUAUCCGUAUUACUAUUACUAGGAAGUUAUUUGGAAUUCACCAGAGAACCUUCAAUAGAUCGACCACGGUUGUCAUUUCUACCCAGUGCAUACAAUCUGAGCCCACCUGAUCCAUCGGAAUCUGAAAAUCGACAUCUGUCACAGGAUCAAUGUAUAGAAAGGUAUCCCAAGCUUUACCACGAGGCAGAUAGGGCGAAGGCAUGGUAUCAUGCAAGAAAAGGUAUAAGUAAAAGAAUGGUCGAUGAGGCCGAAACAGAUGGAGGGAAUGCCAGAUUAGUAAUCUUGAACAACAAGUUAUUCGUGAAAGCUUUUAAUGGGGGAAUCAAUACUCGUACCCAAGCCGUUAUCGCUGCAGUAUAUGCGACUUUGUUGACGAGUCCGGAGCCGCUGCCAGACGUUGAUUUCGUCGUUCAAACCAGUGAUGCAGGGUCAGGUGAUCAUCCUCGAUUUGUGCUUGACAGAAAAUCCGAAGAAACAGCAUUGUGGUUGAUGCCAGAUUUCGGUUUCUUCUCUUGGCCUGAACCUGGGGUAGGGGCAUAUACCGAAGUCAGAAGCAAGACGCUAGCGUACGAACAUGAUCUAGGUCUCCGUUUGGGUGAUGAUAUGGAUGUACUGCAUGAUAGCUGGGAGAACAAGACUCAACAGUUGUUUUGGAGAGGUGUUCCACAGGUGGAAGUCAGGCAUGAAUUACUUCGAGCAAGUGAGAAUCAGCCGUGGUCAGACGUGAGGGCGCUUGAUUGGGGAGCUAUAAAUCAAGAUGAAGAAGGCAGGAAGAAGAAUAAUGGAGACUUGAAGAGUCCAGCUCAACAUUGUCAAUACGCAUUCUUGGCCCACGUAGAAGGAUGGGCAUAUAGUGGUCGAUUGAAAUACCUUCAGCAAUGCCGCUCUGUCAUAGUCACACAUGAAAUGGAAUAUAUACAGCAUUAUCAUCAUCUAUUCGUUGCACAAGACGGGGAUGACAAUCAAAACAUGGUAGAAGUUCAGAGACCCUUGGAAGAACAUCUCCCUAGUGUGAUGGAAGAAUUGUUAGAUCCAAAAAAUGAAGAAAAGGUACGAAGGAUUGCGGAUAAUAACUGGAAGAUGAUCAGGGAAGGCUACAUAAGUCCAGCUGCAAACGAUUGCUACUUCCGUUAUGCCCUAAGGGCCUAUGCCUCAGCACAGACUUUCCAACCUUCACUAGAAGACAGAUCAGCUCCAUACGAGAGCUUCUUGUUGAUGGGAACGACGCACUGGGAUCCUCAUCGAUGA